AUGUCACCUCUCAAUCAGGAUGACAAAUUGCGCCAGCUGUCAUCGGUCACAACAACCAUAGGGGUGGCGCUGUUCCUGCUGCUCUCGUUCAGGAACAACGCGGCGUUCACUCGGUGGCAGACGGGCACCGACCGCUUCAAAAACUUCUGCCACCUGGGCAAGAACCUGGCGCGCGUGAUUGCUGGCAACCUGUCGAGCUACAUUGCGGUGGGGGGCAGGGAGGUGGCGUAUGAUCUGGUGCUGGAGCGGCUCAACUGGAUAAUGGUCGCGCUGGAGAUGGGGCGGCAGCACCUGCGCGACGAGCGGAACCAGCAGAACCUCCUGGACCUGCUGCCACCAGAGGAGGUCGAGGUGCUCCACGCUGACAGGGACCCGGUGCUGUACUGCAUGUACAAGGUCCUGGACAUGGACCGGAAGUACGUGGUGAACAAGUGCAACGAGUGGAUGCGAUCGUGCGACACGAUGUACAUGGAGUUCUGUGCGUGCAUCAACGUCUACAGCACACCCAUCCCCUUCGCGUACAUCGCCCAUCUGCGGACCUUCCUGGCGUUGUGGCUGGCCUGCGUUCCAUGGGUUUACGUGAUCUACUACCAGUGGUACACCAUCCCCCUGUGCCUCGUCAUCGGCUAUGGCAUCAUAGGGGUGGAGGAGGCGGCCGCGGAGGUGGAGCAGCCCUUCGGGCGCGACUUCAAUGUGCCUGGCUCAGUCGGCGCCGGCCUCGCCUCGAUGCGCUUCACGUCCCUCAGCUACAUCCCUCUGGACAGCAUUGUGGCAGACACAUACCACGCCAUCAACACAUACAUCACCAUCGUGCGCGCUGCGGAGGAAAAGGAUUUCGCAGCCCGCGAUUUGGAGGAGGCAAACGGAGGCGUGGGCCUCGACGCAACGACUCAAAGCAGCGGCAAGGCCGACAAGAAGGGCGAGAAGUCGAAGCAGCAGCGGAGGGACGGCAGCGACAAAACUAAGGUCGGGGAGACGGCAGAGGAGCAGGGGGCUGGCGCGGUCGUCGGCGGCACGGCGGACUACGUGGCGGGCGCCGGCGACGGGGAGUGA